UUUGCUUAAAAAAAACAUGUCAUUUAAAAUUAAUGAAAACCAUUUACGAGUAUUUGUGGAGUUUAUGGAAGAAAACCCGGAUUUAGCAAGAGGGAGGUUAUCUUGCUCCAAUGCAAAAGAACAAUUUAAGAGAUUAUGGGCAAAACUGGCCAAUAAUCUAAAUUCUCUUGGUUAUGGGACUAGAACUAUAGAAAAAUGGCAAAGGACGUGGUCUGACUAUAAACAGGGACUUAAGAGAAGAGCUGCAGAUAUAAAAAGGGAGCGAAUGAAGACGGGGGGUGGGCCAGCAUAUCCUGAUAUGCUAUCAGAUACUGAUCAAAGAGUUAUCCUUAUUUUGGGAAAAACAUUUUUUGAAGGAUGUGGAGUGGAGGAGAAGGGUUUUGCUCAUGGAAAAUAUUAUCCAGAGGAAGAACCCGUUAGUGGUCCAUCGAGUGCUCCAUCAAGUAUAGUGGAUGCUCGGUUCAAUGGUAGUUUAUACAAUAGUGAAUACACACAGCCCGGACCCUCAAAUAUUUCUAAAUAA